AUGAAGCACUUUCCAGAGUUGGCUAGGAGGAUCACAGUCAAGGCUGGUAAUGACCAAGAGGCCUCAGUUGCUGAGUGCUAUAGUAUUUCUGGUGGUUCUGUUCUUUGGACUCCCUCUUUCCGAAGAAAUCUCUUUGAUUGGGAGGUGGAUGAGGCAGUGAAUCUUUUGACCAGUCUCCAACGUCAAGAGAUGGACUUUAGUAUGGAGGAUAAGUGGCAUUGGAAGUGGAAUCCUGAAGGGAUAUUCUUUGUUAAAUCUUUGGCGGCUAGGCUUGGUAGGAGGGGUGUUCCUGAUUUCCCUGUUCAACAAGUGUGGAAUCCUAUUAGUCUGACUAAAGCCAGUUUCCUUGUUUGGACUAUGGCUCCUAACAAAUGCCUUUCCAAGGAGAACCUUGUAAGGAGGGGAAUUCAGAUUUUGGACCAGUCUUGCAGCUUAUGUGGGUGCAGUGCUGAAUCUAUUGAUCACUUAUGUUUACAUUGCCCGUUCACGGCUCAGUUGUGGAACCACCUCCUCAAGUCCUUGAAGGUUUGUUGGGUGAUGCCGAGGUCGGUAAAAGAGCUGUUAUGCUGCUGGCAUAUUGUGGGCUGGAGCAAGAAAAAGAAGACUUUAUGGGAAGUGAUUCCAAGUGCUGUAAUGUGGUGUAUCUGGACCGAGAGGAAUAGAAGGGUGUUCAGCAACAAGUUUCUAAGUCUGGAGGACCUAACCCAGAAGUUAGUUGGCAAACUGAUUUCUUGGUUGUCUGUGGCGGCAGAUUUUAGAAACUGUAAUGUUUCAGAUGUACUGUUUUCCUUGUCUUGA